AUGACUCUGGCUGCUGAAGUUGGAAGAGAUGAGCAAGAGUCAGUGCAGAAAAGGACUUUCACAAAAUGGAUCAAUACUCACCUGGCUAAGCGCAAUCCUCCCAUGCUGGUGAAUGAUCUGUUUGAAGAUAUUAAAGAUGGGGUAAUGCUAAUUGCCCUUUUGGAGGUUCUUUCAGGGCAGAAGCUGCCUUGUGAGCAGGGACGUCAGCUGAAGAGAAUUCACUGGGUUGCCAACAUUGGCACAGCUCUUAAGUUUCUAGAAGGAAGACGGAUUAAGCUUGUCAACAUAAACUCAACUGAUAUUGCUGAUGGCAGGCCUUCUAUUGUGCUUGGCUUGGUGUGGACCAUAAUUUUAUAUUUUCAGAUUGAAGAGCUUACUAGCAACCUCCCACAGCUGCAGUCGUUGUCUAGCAGCGCUUCUUCUGUGGAGAGUGUUGUCAGUUCAGAAACUGCGAGUCCCCCAAGCAAACGGAAGGUGGUAACCAAGGUGCAAGGAAGUGCCAGGAAGGCUUUGUUAAAAUGGAUACAGUACACAGCAGCAAAGCAAGUUGGAAUUGAAAUCAAAGAUUUUGGACAAAGUUGGAGGAGUGGUGUUGCAUUUCAUUCCGUUAUUCAUGCCAUCCGCCCAGAUCUAGUGGAUAUGGAGAAAGUGAGGGGAAGGUCAAAUAGAGAAAACCUGGAAGAAGCCUUCACACUCGCAGAAGCAGAACUAGGAAUUCCAAGGCUCCUUGAUCCGGAAGAUGUGGAUGUUGACAAGCCAGAUGAAAAGUCUGUCAUGACCUAUGUAGCCCAGUUUUUGAAGUACUAUCCUGAUCCUCAUCAUACAGUGACUGAUGUGCAGGACAAUGAUAAGGAAGACAGACUGAUGCUGAGAGACCUAAAAGUGUGGGCAGAACAAUUUGAAAGAGACUUAGCCCGAGCACAGGUGGCCGAAACAAGCUUACAGGAGAAAUACCAGUCGUUUAAGCAUUUCAGAGUACAAUAUGAGGUAAAAAGGAAACAGAUUGAACUUGUAACCCAGUCAUUAAGGAAAGAUGGUAAAUUAUCACUUGAUCAAGCUAUGGUGAAGCAAGCAUGGGACAGAGUUUCUUCCAGGCUACUUGAUUGGCACAUACACCUUGAUAAAUCUCUUCCUGCACCUUUGGGUACCAUCGGUGCUUGGCUUUAUAGAGCAGAGGCUGCUCUGAGGGAAGAAGUAACGGCUCAGCAAGCUCAUGAGGAAACAGCGAACAUUAUACACCGGAAGCUUGAACAACAUAAGGAUCUGCUGAAAAACAUAGAUGGUCACAAAAAGGCAUUCCAUGAGAUCCACGGGGCCAGGUCUGUUAACGGAGUGCCUGUUCCACCUGACCAAUUAGAGGAUAUGGCAGAGAGGUUUAAUUUUGUUGUCUCCUCAUCUGAGCUCCAUCUGUUGAAGAUGGAGUUUCUGGAACUGAAGUACCGUCUACUGUCACUCUUAGUCCUUGCAGAAUCAAAGUUAAAAUCAUGGAUUAUCAAAUAUGGAAGGCGAGAGUCGGUGGAACUACUUCUUCAAAAUUAUAUUUCUGUUAUUGAAAACAGUAAGUUCUUUGAGCAGUAUGAAGUUACUUACCAGAUCUUGAAAAGAGCAGCUGAAAUGUAUGCCAAAGCAAAUGGCUCAGUGGAAGAAGUUGAGAAUGUGAUGAAAUUCAUGAAUGAAACAACGGCACAGUGGAGGAACCUCUCGGUAGAGGUGAGAAGUGUAAGAAGCAUGUUGGAAGAAGUAAUUGCUAACUGGGACAGAUAUAGCAGCACUGUGGCAGGUUUGCAAGCAUGGCUGGAAGAUGCUGAAAAAAUGCUGAAUCAGCCUGAACAUUCUAAAAAGGAUUUCUUCCGGCACUUACCUCAUUGGAUCCAACAGCACACAGCCAUGAAUGAUGCUGGUAAUUUUCUGAUUGAAACAUGUGAUGAGACCAUUUCCAGAGACCUUAAACAGCAGCUUCUGUUACUAAAUGGAAGAUGGAGAGAAUUGUUUAUGCAAGUUAAGCAGUAUGCUCGAGCAGACGAACUGGACAAAAUGAGGAAGGAAUACUUAGAUGGUGUUGCCCAUUUGACAGCUUUUAUUGAUGGAAGCAAUAGGAAAUUUUCAGUCCCUGUAGAAGUGUCCUUCCUUGAUGUCAAAAUGUUUGUACAAGAUUUAGAAAAUAUUAAGGAGAAAUUGCCUGCGAUGGAAGCUCAGUACAAAAUGGUUACAAGAACAGCACAACUUGUUACAAAAGAAGUUUCCCAAGAGGAAGUGAAUGAAAUGCUUGGAACUUUGACAAGGAUCAAAGAGCAGCUGAGCAAGGUUAAGGAGUAUUCCUGUGCCCUGCUGUAUGAAUGCCAGCAUCUGCUGUCUCCACUGGAAGAACUGGAGAAACAAAUCACACACUUUUAUGAAUCUCUUGAAAAAGUCAAUGAAAUAAUUUCUAUCCUGGAUCCUGAAGCACAACCUACAACUGUUCUUAAACAAAAAGCCCAAGAUUUGGUAGCUUAUCAAGAAAACUGCAAGAAAGAUUUGUCCCUGAUUGAGAGAAAUAGUCAGAGUAUCCUGCAGUGUGUGGCUUCGAGUGAAGUGUUACAGCAUUUCCAUCAGUCAACAUUUCAGAAGAAAGCUACACAAGUUCAGAUUACUUUUCAGAAUAUGGUCAGGAAAGCUGGUGACUGGAGAAAAAACAUAGAAGCAAAUAGCCGUUUGAUGAAGAAAUUUGAGGAGUCUCGAGCAGAACUGGAGAAAGUAAUACAGAUUGCCAAUUGUUGCUUAAAAGAAAAAGGAAAUCCUGAAGAACUUCUCAGGAAACAUAGUGAAUUCUUUAACCAGUUGGAUCAGAGAGUCCUAAAUGCCUUUCUGAAAGCAUGCGAUGAACUUACUGACAUCCUCCCAGAACAAGAGCAACACAACCUGCAGGAAGCUGUGAGAAAACUCCACAGGCAGUGGAAGGAUCUUCAAACAGAAGCCCCAUAUCAUUUGAUCCACUUGAAGAUUGAAGUACAGAAAAGCAAGUUCCUGGUCACAGUGGAGGAGUGCAAAGCUGAACUAGCUCGACAGAACAAAGUGUUAUCAAGAGAAGGCAAUGAAAGGAUGAUCGAGGAACACAUGUUGUUCUUCGGUGACAAGGGACCUUACCAGCUGUGUGAGAAAAGGCUACAACGGAUUGAAGAACUGUGCCAAAAACUGCCAGUUUCUGAUCCAGUGAGGGCUACAUUGGAAAGCAGCCAACGAAUCCUGAAGGAGCUCAAAUCCCAGAUAGACAGCACAUACGUAAAGCUAACAGAGUACUCAGACACCUGGAAGGGCUAUAAGAACAGAUUUUCUGAAUUGGCAAAUUGGAUUUCGUCAACAGAAAGAGAGCUAAAGAAGAUAAAGGAAAGUGUUAAUGAUACUGCCAAAUACAAGCAAUGUAAAGCAUCUGUGGGGGAAAUUAGGAAGCAUAUUAACAAGCAAGGAGAAAAUCACAGCUGGCUGAAAUCUAGACUUGCUGUUUUGACCGCAGUAUGUCCUGAUUUGGAAGCCAAAAAGACAGAGGAUGAGCUUUGUAAACUUUCCAGUGACUUCAAGGGACUCCUAGAUUUGCUGGCUAAGAUUGAAAAGACAUUAGGCACUGUUGGAGAAUGUGUCCAGUACAAAGAAGAAGUUAAAAGUGCAAUUGAAGACUUAAUCAAUAACUCUAAAGAAGCCCAAGCAGAGGCUGAAAAGAUCCUGGAUACAGAAAGUUUAUUACAAGCUCAGCAACUACUACUUCAUCAUCAGCAAAGGACAAGGAGACUCCGUGCAAAGAGGCAAGAUGUGCAACAGCAGAUUUCCCAAGCUAAACAGCUGCAGAUUGAAGGUGGACUGCCCAGCACAGUGCAAGAGGAUUUACAAAAGUUGGAAGGAACAUUGGAGAACAUGCAGCAGACUAUGGAGAAACGUGAAGAGCAACUGCAGGUCACAAUAAAUAAAUGGGAGCAGUUUGAAAGGGACAAAGAAACAGUAGUAAAAUAUCUCAAUCAAGCAAGCUCUGCACUUGAACGUAUCUUAAACUUUAGCAGUUUAGAGAGCCUCUCCUCAGAACUGGAUCAGACAAAGGAACUUUCUAAACAGACUGAAGCAAUGGCAGUGCAGGCUGAGAAUUUGGUGAAGAAUUCUUCUGAGAUACAGCUUGGUUCAAAGAACAAGCAGUCCCUUCAACAGCAGGCAAAAUCAAUCCAAGAACAAGUGAAAAAAGUGGAAGUUACUCUUGAAGAAGAUAUUAAAAGCAUGGAAAUGGUGAAAAACAAGUGGGAUCAUUUUGGCAAUAAUUUUGAAGCUUUGUCCAUCUGGAUAGCUGAACAAGAGAAAGAACUGGAAACUUUGGAAACAUCAUCAUCUCCUUUGGACAUACAGAUCAGCCAAAUCAAGGUUAUUAAUAAAGAAAUAGAUGGUAAAAUAACUGGAAUCUCAAAACUAGAAGAGGAAGCCGAGUCUUUUUCCCAGUUUGUUACCUCUGGAGAAUGUGCACAUAUUAAAGCCAAACUGUCUCAGGUCAAAAGGUAUUGGGAAGAGCUAAGAGAUCAUGCACAGACACUGGAAGGAACAAUCACAGGGAAUGCAUCAGCACAGCAGAAAUAUGAAGAAAGUCUUAAACAGGUGCAGCGGGCAGUGUCUGAAUUUGAAGCUAAACUAGCUGAGCCUCUCACAUCAUGCUCUUCAGCAGCAGCAACAUACGCAGCCCUUCAGGAUUGCACGGACCUUUGUCAUACUGUGGAAAAACUGAGCAACACUCUGGCCUCUCUCUCAGCCUGUGCCCGAAAGGUGGCCAACAAAGAAAAAGCUGCUCAGGAGGUUACAGCAUUACAGCAGGAACAUGAAAAGGUGCUAGAAAAUGCUAAAGAGAAACAGACCUUAUUAGAGACUCUUCUGGCUCAGUGGCAGAAGCAGGAGAAAGAGCUGUCUGCCUUCCUGACCUGGUUGGAGGGGUGUGAAGCUACAGUCAGGCCUUCAGAGCAGUAUGUUUCUGCUGACAGAGUUAAACUGGAAGGUGAACUGCAGUCGGUGCAGGAUUUGCGAGCAGAUAUUGAGUCCCGUGCUUCAGUCUAUGCGAGCCUGUUACAGUUAAAUGAGUCACUAUUCCCAACAGCUUCCAAACAGUGUGUGAAAACAAUAAAAGAAAAAUUUGAAGAGCUGGAUGAGAGGUGGAAAGCUUUACCACAAACUGUUGAUAAAAGGAUCAACUUCCUUCAAUCUCUUGUUGCUGAGCGUGGGCAGUUUGAUGAGCUCCUGCUCAGGUUUUCAGACUGGAUUAAGCAGUUUCUUGCUGAACUACAAGCCACUUCAGAGAUAAACACAGCUGAUCAACAACUGGCUGCAUCUCACAAUAAGAACCACGCAAUGGAAGUCGAAAGUAAGAAACAGCAGUUACAAAGUCUGAAGGAACAUGUAGAUAAAUUGUGUUCUGUCAGCUGCCCAGAGGACCAGCAGACAUUGCGGGGAAAGACUGAAGAUUGCUUUCAGAUCUUCCAGGAGGCAAGUCAAAUAACUUGCCAAAGACAAGAGGCUCUGGAUCAGCUGCAGGUAUUCCUGGAGCUUCAAAGUGCUGCAUCAGGAGUGCUCCACCAGCUGAGGCAGACAGUGGAGAAAACAGGAAAUAUGGAUAAAGCUAAAUCUGAAUUACUGGAGAAGGAACUCAAUGAUGUUAUUCAAGAUCUUAACAAGCUGGAAUCUGUCGCCAUCAGUUUGGAUGGUUCCCUUACUAAGGCCCAGUAUCAUCUAAAACACAGCAUUUCUGAGCAGAGGACCUCCUGUAGGGCUGUGGUGGAUAAUUUGUGCUUGGAACUGGAGGCGGUUCAAAACCUGCUGGGAACCAAACAGAGUGAGGCAGAAGCUCUUGAAGCCUUGCGAAGAUCUUUCAUGGAACGUAAAGAACAGCUACUGAAGAGUAUUGAAGAUACUGAGGAAAAGGCUGACAAGGAGGGUCUGAAGGAGGCGACACUACAAGCCCUCCAGCAAAGAUUGAGGAUCUUUAACCAGUUAGAUGAAGAAUUGAAUUCUCACCAGCAUGAACUCCAGUGGCUCAUGGACAAAGCAAAACAAAUAGCCCAAAAAGAUAUUACCCUUGCUCCUGAGAUCGACAAAGAGAUAAAUCGCUUAGAAUCUCUGUGGGAGGAUACCAAGAAAGUUAUACAUGAAAAAAAAGAGCAGUCCUGCAUUCUUAUCGAUCUGAUGAAGGAAUAUCAGAGCUUGAAGUCAACAGUAAUGAAAGUCAUAGACAGUGCUGACAGCGCUUCUGUGAUCAAAUCCAUUUGGAAGGACCAUGAAGAUGUCAGGCGAACUUUAUCAAAGCAUGAAGCUGCCAAGAACGAUCUGAGUGAUAAACAAAAAGACCUGGAUACUUUCACCAAUAAAGGAAAACAUUUGUUAGCAGAAUUGAAAAGAGUGCAUAACUGCGACUCCACUGCGGUAAAAACAGAUAUGAACUGUACAGUGGACAAAUGGCUAGAUGUGUCUGAAAGAAUUGAAGACAACAUCGACCGGCUGAGUGUAAGUGUGUCUCUAUGGGAUGACAUCCUGAAAACUGGAGAUGAAAUGCAUGGAUGGUGCAACAAGUGCAUUUCUCAACUGAAUGAAGGCAUCAGCAACUUGAGUAACAGUCAGAGAAUGGAGGUCCUCCUGAAAGAUUUCCAGUCUGAAGUCAAGGAUAAAGAACUGAAGUUGGAGCAGCUUAGUUCCAAAAUUUCAGAUCUCAAAGAACUGACCCAUUGUCGAGAGCCUCCUGCAGAUCUCCAGUUUAUAGAAUCAGAUUUGAGGCAGAAGUUGGAACACGCCAAAGAAAUGUCAGAGACGGCAAAAGAGACACUGAAAGAUUUCAGUACUCAGAAGAUGCAGUUACAGAAGGUUAUUGAUCAGAUGACAGAGUGGUUAACAAAAGCGGAAGAGACACUGUUAAGCUGUGCAUGUAACCUGGAUCCUGAAGCUCUAAAUAAAGUGAAGGAAACACAAAGAGACCUUCAGCUUCAGCAGAGCAGCAUUGACUCGACACGUGAGAACCUCAACAGCCUGUGUCGCAAAUACCAUUCUGCAGAGCUGGAAACUCUUGGUGGCACUGUCACUUCGCUAAUAAAGAAGUAUGAAGCUGUGAAUCAGCUCUGUUCCAGAACACAGGCCAGCAUGCAAGACUCCUUGGAAAAACGUUUCCUCCAUUCUAUGCAAGAAUUCCAGGAAUGGUUUUCUGGUGUGAAGUCUGCAGUAAAAGAAUCAUCUGACAGGUCUGGAGACAGCAAAGCCAUAGAGGCAAAGCUACAUGACUUGCAGAGUGUGCUGGAUUCUGUUAGUGAGGGGCAGAACAAGUUAGAUGCUGCCUGCAAGGAAGGAGAAAGUUUGUAUGCUUGCUUACCCGAACCACUUGUGAGCCAUAUUCAGGAGCAAAUAGCAAAGUCUAACCAGAACCUCCAGGAAUUCCUCAACCGGUGUCUGAAUGAUAAGAAGGCCCUGGAAGCUUGUGCCUUACACCUGGGAAGCUUUGAAGAUCAGCACAAGAAACUUGGCCUGUGGAUACAUGACAUGGAAGAAAGAAUAAGCACAGAAGCAUUAGGAGAGAGCAAACAGCUUAUUCCCGAGAAGAAAAAGGAGGUGCAGAAAGUGGAAAAGUUCCUGGAAGAGUUACUGAAUUCAAGGGAAUCUUUUGAUAAGCUGUCCCAAAUGGCACAGACUUUAAAUGAAGAAGGCCAUGGUGCAGGGAGGGAAGUGCGCCUGGUCUCUCAACAUCUCACCAAUUAUCAAAACAUGGUCAAAACUGUUAAGGAGAAGCUGCGAACAUGUCAGCUUGCACUCCAAGAGCAUCUCACUUUGGAGGAGGCAUUGCAGAGUAUGUGGUCAUGGGUGAAAGAGGUUCAAGAUAAACUGGCGUCAUCAGAGAGCACUGUUGGUAGCAAAGCUACACUAGAGAGACGACUGACACAAAUUCAGGAGAUCCUCUUACUCAAAGGUGAUGGUGAAGUUAAGCUGAACAUGGCCAUUGGCAAAGGAGAACAAGCACUUAGAAGCAGCAAUGAGGAAGGACAAAAGGUGAUACAAACUGAGCUACAGACGCUGAAGGAAGUAUGGAAUGACAUCAUCAGCACCUCAGUGAACUGGCAGAGCUGCCUAGAGUCUGUCAUUACCCAGUGGAAUGAAUAUCUGGAAAGGAAAAACCAGCUGGAGCAGUGGUUAGAGAAGCUGGAUCACAAAGUGGAGCAGCCUUUAGAACCACAGGUUGGUCUGAAGGAGAAGUUUGCUCAGCUGGACCACUUCCAGGCUAUUGUUUCUGAGAUAGAGGAUCACUCCAGUGAUUUACAGCAACUCAUUGAAAAAGCUGUGGAACUGUAUGAAAAAACAGAGGAUGAUUCUUUUGGAGAAGCAGCUCAAGAAGAACUAAAAGCACAGUUUAAUGACAUCACAACUGUAGCCAAGGAGAAAAUGAGGAAAGUGGAAGAUAUUGUGAAGGAUCAUUUGCUAUACCUUGAUGCUGUGCAUGAAUUCACGGACUGGCUCCAUUCUGCAAAGGAAGAGCUGCACCGCUGGUCAGAUGCAUCUGGAGAUACAUCAACCAUACAGAAAAAGCUGUCCAAAAUCAAUCCCGCCGCGAAGCGCGACACGACCGCCGGCGGGUGCCAGCUGCUGGGCGCCGAGAUGCAGGCCCUGCAGUCGGACUGGAAGCAGUGGGAAGAGAGCGCCUUCCGGAGCCAAAGCAGCCUGCGGGAUGUGCUGAGCCAGAUGGCCCUGUCGGAGCAGGAGUUCGCGGCGCGGGUCGCGCAGCUGGAGGAGGCCGCGCAGCGGUUCGGCGGGCUGCUGGCCGCCUGGUCGCAGAGCCUGGCCCCCCUCGACAGCCGGCACACCGACGCCGAGGUCGUGGAGAGCUGGCGCAAGGAGAAAGAAACAUUGGAUGCUCUGGUAAAGUCUGAACAUAUGACAGAUGAGAUCAAAACUCAGUUAAAUGAUCUUUGUAGAUUUUCCAGAGAUUUGAGUACUCAUUCUUCAAAAGUGUCAGGGUUGAUCAAGGAGUAUAACAGCCUCUGCCUGCAAGCUUCAAAAGGAUGUCAAAGCAAAGAGCAGAUCUUGCAGCAAAGAUUUCGGACGGCUUUUAGGGACUUCCAGCAGUGGCUGGUCAAUGCAAAAGUCACCACAGCCAAAUGUUUUGACGUGCCUCAAAAUAUCAGUGAAGCUUCAGCAAGUCUGCAGAAAAUACAGGAAUUCUUAUCGGAAACUGAGAAUGGGCAACAAAAACUAAACCUGGUAGCAUCCAAAGGAGAACUGCUGUGCUCUGUUUUACCAAAAGAAAAGGCUAAAGUUAUCCGGGACAAAUCUGCUACUGCUAAAGAAGAUUGGAAAAAUUUUAUCACCACCCUCCACCAGAAGGAAUCUGCAUUGGAGAACUUAAAGAUCCAGAUGAAGGACUUCGAAGCAACUGCUGAGCCUCUGCAGGAGUGGCUGACCACAACUGAGAGGCUGGUACAAGGAAGUAGCAGUCGGCUCCAUGAUCUUCCUUCCAAAAGGAGAGAACAGCAAAAGUUGCAGUCUGUCCUUGAGGAAAUAAGCUGCCACGAGCAUCAGCUCAACAGGCUAAAAGAGAAAGCUCAGCAGCUGUGGGAAGAGCAAGCUGUCAGCAAAAGCUUUAUGCGCAGAGUGUCUCAGUUGUCUUCUCAAUAUCUUACUCUAAGCAAUCUGACAAAGGAGAAAGUUUCCAGAAUGGAUAGGGUUGUAGCAGAGCACCAGCAGUUCUCGCACAGUGUCAAGGACCUCCAGGACUGGGUGGCUGAUGCAGUUCACAUGCUGGAUUCCUACUGUCAUCCCACAGCAGACAAGAGUGUUCUGGACAGCCGGAUGUUAAAGCUAGAGGGACUGCUAGCAGUGAAACAAGAAAAAGAAAUCCAAAUGAAAAUGGUUCUGACAAGAGGAGAAUCUGUUCUGCAAAAUACUUCUCUGGAGGGAGCAUCAGUGAUUGAACGGCAGUUGCAAACGCUGAAGGACAGCUGGGCUUCCCUUCUGUCUGCUUGUAUCCAGUGCAAGAGUCAACUGGAAGGAGCUCUCUCCAAAUGGACAAGUUACCAGGAUGAUGUUCGUCAGUUUUCCAGCUGGAUGGAUAAAGUAGAAGCAAGUAUGAACGCUUCUGAAAGGCAAUACGCUGAACUGAGGGAAAAAACAGCUGCCCUCAGCAAAGCAAAGCUACUCAGUGAAGAGGUGUUGAGUCACAGCAGCCUGUUGGAGACGAUUGAAGCGAAAGGAAGUGGGAUGGCUGAGCAUUAUGUCACUCAGCUUGAACUCCAGGACCUUCAGGAGCGGUAUAAGUUCCUCAAAGACAGAACGAGGGAGGCAGUAACAAAAGCUGAAGGACUGCUUAACUUACAUCAAGAGUACCAAAGAAAUCUGAAGACCUUUGAAGUAUGGCUGGAGAAGGAACAGGAAAAACUUGACUGUUUAUCACAUCUUGAUGGUGAUGCCCAGAAACAGGAGGCGACACUCCGAGACUUACAGGAGCUGCAGGUCCACUGUGCAGAAGGACAGGCAUUAUUGAAUGCUGCUGUCCAUGCCAGAGAGGAGGUGAUUCCCUGGGGCAUUCCCCAGAUAGAAGACCGAGCCCUGGAAUCCUUACGGCAGGAUUGGCAAGUUUAUCAGCACAGGCUUUCUGAAGCAAGAAGCCAAUUAAAUGCCACUGUGAGCAGACUGAGGUUAAUGGAGAAAAAAUUUGAGAAGGUUAAUGACUGGCUAACAGAUCUGGAGGAGAAAGUUGCUAUCAGGACUGGGAGGCAGUCUGGUAGAGCAACAAAGGAGAUGCAGCUUCAACAAAUGAAGAAGUGGCAUGAAGAAAUUACAAUCUACAAAGAUGAUGUGGAAGAAGUUGGGGUAUUGGCUCAGCAAAUACUAGAGGAAAGUCUCACUGCAAGUAGAAUGAGAAGCCAGGCUACACAGCUUACAUCUCGCUACCAAACUCUUCUUCUUCAUGUCUUGGAGCAAAUAAAGUUUCUGGAAGAGGAAAUACGCUGUAUGGAGGAGUCAGAAUUGGCUUUUAGUGCUUACACAAAUUGGUAUGGAGCUACUAACAAGAACUUCAGAAAUGUGAUCACCAAGUUUGACGUGGUUGACAAAACAGCAAUGGAGAAAAAAGUGCAGAAACUAGAGCUGCUAUUGAGUGAUAUGGACAUAGGCCACAGUUUACUGAAAUCUGCCCGUGAGAAGGGGGAGCGAGCUAUAAAGUACAUGGAAGAAAAUGAAGUUGACCAGUUAAGAAAAGAAAUUGGAGAUCAUGUGGAACAGCUUGAAGAGCUGGCUGGCUCCAUCAGGAAAGAGCACAUGACUUCAGAGAAGUGCCUUCAGCUGGCAAAGGAGUUCUCAGACAAGUACAAGGCACAGACUCAGUGGGUCACGGAGUACCAAGCCAUGUUACAUGCUCCAGCAGAGCCAAAGAGCGAACUCUAUGAGAAGAAGGCCCAGUUGUCCAAAUACAAGUCCAUACAGCAGACUGUUCUGUCCCAUGAGCCUUCAAUAAAAUCAGUGAUUGAAAAGGGAGAAGUACUUCUUGAUCUGGUGAAUGAUGUGACUCUAAAGAACAACAUUCAAGACCUUCAGAGCAGUUACCAAGAACUCUGCAGCACAACAAAGGCAUACGUUGAAACCUUAGAGGUGAAAGUAAAAGAACACGAGGAUUACAACAGUGAUUUGCAAGAAGGGGAGAAAUGGUUAUUACAUAUGUCCAGCAGGCUGGUCAGCCCUGACCUCAUGGAAAGUAACAAUCUUGAAAUAAUCACUCAGCAACUGGCUAACCACAAGGCUAUCAUGGAAGAAAUUGCAGGAUUUGAAGAUCGUUUGAACAACCUUAAGAGUAAAGGCGAUUACUUGAUCAAUCAAUGCACAGAACAUCUUCAAGCAAAAUUUAAGCAAAACAUACAAAGCCAUCUUCAGGGGACAAAGGACAGCUAUUCUGCCAUAUGUAGCACAGCCCAAAGAGUGUACCAGAGUUUGGAACAUGAACUCCAGAAGCAUGUUAAUCAUCAGGAUACCCUACAGCAGUGCCAGACUUGGCUGUCUACAGUGCAGUCAGAGCUAAAGCCAACUACCUGGCCACCUUUCAGCCUGGCAGAUGCAGUUAAACAGGUGAAAAGUUUCCGGGCGCUGCAGGAGCAGGCCAAUACAUACUUGGAUCUUCUGUGUUCCAUGUGUGAUCUGUCAGAUGCCACAGUGAAGAGUACAGCAACAGAUAUUCAACAAACAAAACAAACGAUUGAGCAACAAAUAAUGCACUCACAGUAUUUGGCUCAAGGUUGGGAAGAGAUCAAACAAAUGAAGGCUGAGCUCUGGAUAUAUUUCCAGGAUGCAGAUCAACAACUACAGAAUUUGAAAAGGAGACGGGCAGAGUUGGAGCUAAACAUUGCCCAGAAUAUGGUACUCCAGGUUAAGGAAUUCAGUCAGAAGUUGCAGUCUAAGCAGUCAGCUCUUACCUCUGUGACUGAGAAGAUGAACAAACUAACCCAAGGACAGGAAUCGCCUGAACACAAGGAAAUAGGAGAGCUGAGCAACCAGUGGCUGGACCUCUGCCUUCAGGCACACAGUUUGCUCAUACAGAGGGAGGAGGAUCUGCAGAGGACAGGGGAUUAUCAUGAUCGCAUGAAUGUAGUUGAAGUUUUCUUGGAAAAGCUCACAAAAGAGUGGGACAACCUGGCUAGAUCUGAUGCUGAAAGUACAAACGUGCACCUUGAAGCUUUGCAAAAAUUGGCACUGGCGCUACAGGAAAGGAGAUUUGCUCUGGAAGAUUUGAAAGAUCAGAAACAGAAGAUGAUAGAACAUCUGAAUCUUGAUGACAAAGAAUUAGUAAAGGAGCAGUUUGGUCAUUUCGAGCAACGCUGGACUCAGCUGGAGGACCUUGUCAAAAGGAAAAUACAAGUGUCUGUUUCAACCUUAGAAGAGCUCAGUUUGGUGCAUUCCAAAUUUCAGGAGCUAAUGGAAUGGGCAGAGGAGCAGCAACCUAGUAUCUCAGAGGCUCUUAAACAGAGCCCUCCUCCAGAUUUGGCUCAGAGUCUUCUCAUGGAUCAUCUUACCAUUUGCAGUGAGCUUGAAGCCAAACAGCUUGUUCUGAAGACGCUUGUGAAGGAUGCUGACAGGGUGAUGACCAACCUAGGGCUCAAUGAAAGGCAGGAGCUGCAGAAAGCGCUUUCUGAUGCACAGCACCAUGUACAUUGUCUCAGUGACCUGGUUGGCCAGAGGAGAAAGCACCUGAAUAAAGCACUGUCUGAAAAGACCCAGUUUCUUAUGGCAGUCUUUCAGGCUACAAACCAAAUUCAUCAGCAUGAGAAGAAGGUAACGUUUCCAGAACAUAUUUGUCUAUUGCCGGAAGAUGUGAACAAACAGAUCAGGACUUGUAAGAAUGCCCAGGCUAACCUGAAGGCCUAUCAAAAUGAAGUCACGGGGUUGUGGGCUCAAGGAAGGGAUUUAAUGAAAGAAGCAACAAAACAAGAAAAGGGUGAAGUGUUAGGUAAACUGCAAGAACUACAGAAUGUGUAUGACACCGUUUUACAAAAGUGUAACCAGAGAUUGUUAGAACUGGAGAAAAACAUAGUUUCCAGGAAAUAUUUCAAAGAAGACUUGGAUAAAGCUUGCCAUUGGCUAAAACAAGCCGAUAUCGUCACAUUCCCAGAAGUCAAUGUAAUGAAUAGUAACUCUGAACUAUACAUGCAGUUGGCAAAAUAUCAACAGAUUCUUGAGCAAUCUCCAGAAUAUGAAAAUCUGUUACUUGCACUUCAAAGAGAUGGCCAAGAAAUCCUACCAUCACUUAAUGAAGUGGAUCAUUCUUAUCUGGAAGAAAAACUUAACAUUCUCCCUCAGCAAUUCAAUAUUGUCACUGCUCUGGCAAAAGAAAAAUUAUAUAAGGUUCAGGAAGCAAUUUAUGCCAGAAAAGAGUAUGUCUCUCUGAUUGAGUUGACAAGUAAAGCUCUGACUGAGCUAGAAGAUCAGUUUAUUAACAUGGACAAAGCUCCAGCUGCUCUUUUGGCCAAAGAAGCUGUGUCACUCCAGCAGGCCUACAGAGAUCUCUUAGGUGAAGCAGUGAGCCUUGGUGCAGCAGUGGAUGAACUAAACCAGAAGAAGGAGGCCUUUCGAAGCACUGGCCAGCCGUGGCAACCAGAUGAGAUGCUAAAACUUGUCACGCUAUAUCACAAGUUGAAGAGGCAAAUAGAACAGAAAAUCAACCUAUUGGAAGACACAAUAGAAGCAUGCCAGGAGCAUGAAAAAAUGCGUAUGCAGUUUGAGGCACAACUAGAGGCAGUGAAGAAGGAGCAGAUUAAGGUAAAUGAAGAAACACUCCCAAUAGAAGAAAAGUUGAAAAUAUACCAUUCUCUGGUGGGCAGCUUGCAAGACUCAGAAUGUCUUCUGAAGCGAAUAACUGAACAUCUGGAAGCCCUUUCUCCUCAGCUUGACUCAUCUGCAUGUGAGACAGCAAAUCACCAAGUGCAGUCUUGGCAAGAGAAACUAAAGUCUUUGCAUGCUGCCAUUGGUGACACCGUGAUGGAGUGUGAGAACAGACUUGUGCAAAGCAUAGACUUCCAGACAGAAAUCUGCCGCUCGCUUGAUUGGUUGAGAUGGGUGAAAACAGAACUUAAUGGAACAUUAAGUUUGGACCUCAAACUGCAAAGCGUCCAAGAAGAAAUCCGAAAGGUUCAGAUACAUCAGGAAGAAGUGCAGUCAAGCCUGAGAAUAAUGAAUGCGCUGAGCAAUAAAGAGAAAGAGAGAUAUAUGAAAGCAAAAGAGCUGAUACCUGCUGACCUGGAAAACACUCUUGCUGAGCUGACAGAACUAGACGGUGAAGUUCAAGAAGCUAUACACAUGAGACAGGCUACCUUGAAUAAAUUAUAUAGCCUCUGCCAAAGAUACUACCAAGUGAUGCAGAUAGCAAAUGACUGGUUUGAAGAUGCUCAGGAAUUUCUACAUUUAGCAAGAAAUGGUCUUGAUGUUGAGAACUCUGAGGAGAACCUAAGGAACCACAUUGAGUUUUUCAGCACAGAAAGUCAGUUCAGUAAUCAUUUGAAGGAGUUACAGGGCCUUGUGUCUGAGAUAGAGCCCUUUAUCCAAGCCACAGCAAGAGAGCAGAUGAUGCAGAAUGUAGCUGCAUUGGAGAAAAAGGCCAAAGGGACAAAGAAAGAAGCCAAAACCCAGCAAGAGCAGUUGCAAAGGUGUGCUUCUGAGUGGCAGGAGUACCAGACAGCAAGACAGAAGGUUAUUGAAGUGAUGAAUGAGGCUGAGAAAAAAUUAUCUGAAUUCUCAGUAGCUAAAGCUGCUUCUUCUCAUGAAGCAGAAGAGAAAUUGCUAACACAUAAGACUCUUGUGUCUGUGGUGAAUUCUUUCCAUGAGAAGAUCACAGCCCUAGAAGAAAAGGCUUCACAGCUGGAAAAAGUUAGCAAUGAUGCCAGUAAGGCAACUAUAAGUAGAUCCAUGACAACAGUUUGGCAGCGCUGGACACGGCUCCGGAAUGUAGCCCAAGAACAAGAGAAAAUUUUGGAAGAUGCAGUGCAGGAAUGGAAGGGCUUUAAUGAUAAGAUUCAGAAAACCACCAUAGCAAUAGAUCAGCUACAAGGUCGCUUACCAGAAAGCUCAGUGGAAAAGGCAUCCAAGACAGAUCUCCUGGAACUUCUGGAUUACCACAGCAGUUUCCUUCUGGAGGUGGAGCACCAGCUGUCAUCUUUGGGCCUGCUCAGACAGCACGCUGUCAGCAUGCUUCAGGAUGUGGAAAUAAAGCCUCCUUCUCAGGAGGAACUACCAGUCAUGCAAGAAAUCAAAGCAAUGCAAGAUCGAUGCCACAAUAUGCAACAGAAAGUGAAAAAAGGUGUGAAGAUGGUGAAACAGGAGCUGAAGGAGCGUGAGGAGGUUGAAGCAGAGAUUAAUAUCGUGAAGUCCUGGAUCCAGGAAACAAAAGAAUACUUAUUAAGCCCUGAUGUAGAAGUGGAUACUCAACUUCAGGAGUUGCAGUCUCUCCUUGGUGAAGUAACGACUCAUCGCCAGGCUGUUGAAAAAAUGGCGGAACAACAACAGAAUAAGUACUUGGGGCUUUAUACCAUUUUGCCUUCUGAACUCUCUCUUCACUUAGCAGAAGUUGGGCUGGCCCUUGUAACUGUACAAGAUCAGAUUCAAACCAAAGAAAGAGAAACUCAGCAGAUCAAAACAUUGAAUCAAGAGUUUGGUCAGAAAAUCCAGGGGAUAGCAAAUGAACUAAAUGCUAUUCUUUCCAAUCUGAAAAAGAAAACAAAUGAUAUAGCACAAGCUAAACUUGAACAAAAGAUCCUCGGUGAAGAGUUGGACAGCUGCAAUAUAAAGCUGUUGGAAUUAGAUGCAUCAGUCCAGGACUUUGCAGAGCAGAACGUACCGCUGGCUAAGCAGCUGGCUAACAGGAUAGGGAAACUCACUGCAUUGCACCAACAGACCAUACGGCAGGCUGAGUACAGAGCAGCCAAGCUCAGUCAGGCUGCUUCACACUUGGAAGAAUACAAUGAGAUGCUGGAGUUCAUAUUGAAAUGGAUUGAAAAAGCAAAUAUCCUAGUGCACGGUAGUAUAACAUGGAAUUCUUCUUCUCAGCUUCGUGAUCAGUUUAAAGCCUACCAGACUAUGCUUGAUGAGUCAGGAGAGAUUCAUGGUGAUCUCGAGGCCAUGAGUGAGAGGAUUGAGUAUCUGGCAAGUGUAUACUGUACUGAAAGAAUGUCGCAGCAAGUGCUGGAACUGGGGCGGCGGACAGAAGAAUUACAGCAAGUUAUCAAAGUGAGGCUGCCAAAUCUCCAAGAUGCUGCCAAGGACAUGAAGAAAUUUGAAGUUGAGCUGAGAGCCCUGCAGGCUGCUCUGGAGCAAGCCCAAGCCACACUGACCUCUCCAGAGCUCGGGCAUUUGAGCUUGAAAGAGCAACUUUCUCACAGACAGCAUCUGUUGUCUGAAAUGGAGUCGCUGAAGCCAAAGGUUCAUGCAGUACAAGUCUGUCAGAGUGCCCUGAGGAUUCCUGAAGAGGUGGUCACCGGCCUGCCAAUGUGCCACAAUGCCCUCCGGCUCCAGGAGGAGGCCAGCCGCCUGCAGCACACUGCCAUUCAGCAGUGCAACAUCAUGCAGGAAGCAGUGGUUCAGUAUGAGCAAUAUGAGCAAGAAAUGAAACAUUUACAGCAAAUGAUGGAGAGCGCCCAUCAUGAGAUCCAAGACAAGCCAAUAGCAACCGGCAACAUCCAGGAACUCCAGGUCCAGAUUUCGCGUCAUGAGGAGCUGGCUCAGAAGAUCAAAGGAUACCAGGAGCAAAUUUCUUCUUUGAAUUCGAAGUGCAAGAUGCUGACAAUGAAAGCAAAACAUGCCACCAUGCUGCUGACAGUGACAGAAGUGGAGGGGCUUUCAGAGGGAAUGGAGGAGCUGGAUUCAGACCUGCUCCCAGCACACCCCGCUCAUCCCUCGGUGGUUAUGAUGACUGCUGGUCGCUGUCACACGCUGCUCUCCCCUGUCACUGAGGAGUCUGGGGAGGAGGGAACCAACAGUGAGAUUUCUUCUCCACCUGCCUGUCGCUCUCCCUCACCUGUGGCUAAUACAGAUGCUUCUGUUAACCAGGACAUUGCUUAUUACCAAGCCUUAUCUGCUGAACAGUUGGCCUUAUCUGCUGAACAGUUGCAGACAGAAGCUGCUAAAAUUCAACCCAGCACUUCAGCCACCCAGGAGUUUUACGAACCAGGCUUAGAAUCAGCUGCUAGUGCCAAACUGGAUGAUUUGCAGCGUUCUUGGGAAACACUGAAAAAUGUAAUCAGUGAAAAGCAGCGCACCCUCUAUGAAGCUCUUGAGCGUCAACAGAAAUAUCAGGACACACUCCAGUCUAUAUCCACAAAAAUGGAGACCAUUGAGAUCAAACUAAAUGAGAGUCUGGAACCAGCCAAAAGCCCGGAGAGCCAGAUGGCUGAACAUCAGGCUUUGAUUGAUGAGAUUUUAAUGUUACAAGAAGAAAUCACUGAGCUUCAGACAUCAUUAGCCCAGGAACUGGUUUCAGAACCACUGGAUGCAGAAGCUGCUGAUCAGCUGGCAUUGCAGUCCACUCUCACGGUCUUGGCAGAACGAAUGGCCACAAUUCGAAUGAAGGCAUCAGGAAAACGACAACUAUUAGAGGAAAAACUGAACGAGCAGCUGGAAGAACAGCGGCAAGAGCAGGCUCUUCAAAGGUACCGUUGUGAAGCUGAUGAGCUUGACCACUGGCUACUCAAUACCCGAGCAACACUGGACACCGCUCUGGUUACUGCCGAGGAACCUAUGGACAUGGAAGCACAGCUGGUAGACUGUCAGAACAUGCUGAUUGAAAUAGAGCAGAAGGUGGUAGCCUUGUCAGAGUUGUCUGUGCACAACGAGAACUUGCUAAUGGAGGGGAAGGCUCACACCAAGGAUGAGGCAGAGCAGCUGGCUGUGAAGCUCAGGACGCUGAAGGGCAGCCUUCUGGAGCUGCAGAGAGUGCUCCACGACAAACAGAUCAACAUUCGGGUUAAACUAGCAUGUGGAGAACUGAAUCCAGACAAGAAAUCCAACCAUCAGGGAUCAUUACAAGAAAAGGAGGAGACUGAUCUGGACUUUGUUUCCUCACAAAGCUCCAGUGUCCAAGAAUGGCUGGCACAAGCAAGAACCACUCGCUCACAGCAGCAGCAGAGCACCCUGCAGCAACAGAAAGAGCUGGAACAAGAGCUAGAAGAGCAGAAGAAUCUGCUUCGGUCAGUAGCAUGCCGUGGAGAAGAAAUCCUAACACAGCAAGGUGCUCCAGAAGGCCUAUGUAUAAGUGAGAAGCCUGAUACACUCUCUGAGGAAUUAGGCUUGGAAGGUGAGAAGCCAUCAUCUGAAGAACAGAUGAAGAUGAAAUGGGGAAGCCUGAACCAGGAAUUCAAUACCAAGCAGCAACUGCUCCAGAAAGCUUUGGAACAAGAAGAACUGCUUUAUAGCAGACCAAACAGACUGGUAUCUGGAAUGCCUUUGUAUAAGGAGGAAGGACAGGAUGAGGAUAAAUCCUCAGUGUCACCAGUAUUGGUUGAAUUGAAUCAGGCCUUUGAAGAUGUGUCAUCUGAGGCUGGAUGGGUGAAGGAGAGCCUGCAUCUUGAACAGAAGCUGUAUGAUGGUGUCACAGCCACCUCCUUGUGGCUAGAUGGUGUGGAAGAACAGGUCUUUGUUGCUACGGCUCUGUUGCCAGAGGAGGAAGCAGAAACAUACCUCUGCAAGCAAGAGUCUCUUGCCAAAGAAAUCAAAGAGAUAACAGAAGAAAUGGAUAAGAACAAGAAUUUAUUUGCUCGGAUAUUUCCUGAGGAUGGUGAUAAUAGGGAUAUUAUAGAAGACACUUUGGAUUGUCUCCUGAGAAGACUGACCUUGCUGGAGUCAGUAGUAAACCAGAGAUGCCAUCAGAUGAAAGGAAAGCUCCAGCAAAUAGCGACUUUCAAGAAUGACCUGAAGCUCCUGUUUACAUCGGUGGCUGAUAACAAAUAUUUAGUUCUACAGAAACUAGCAGAGGCAGUUGAGAGACCAGAAACAGAACAAAUGCAGGUCAUACUGCAGGCAGAAGAAGGUUUGAAGGAACUAGAUACUGGAAUCAACGAAUUAAAGAAGCAUGUAGACAAGCUACAAAUUGACCAACCUUCUCUGCAAGAGCUAUCUAAGAUCCAGGAUAUGUAUGAUGAGCUGAUGAUGAUCAUUGGAUCCAGACGGAGUGACCUGAAUCAGAAUCUGGCUCUUAAGAGGCAGUAUGAACGGGCUUUGCAGGACCUGGCUGACCUGUUAGAAACAGGCCAAGAAAAGAUGGCUGGUGACCAGAAAAUGAUUGUUGCUUCUAAGGAAGAGGUUCGAUCGCUACUUGACAAACAUAAGGAAUAUUUUCAGGGGUUGGAGUCUCACAUGAUCCUGACGGAAACGCUCUUUAGAAAGAUGAGUAGCUUUGCCCUCUUGAAGGAAACUCGGUCACAUUCAGAGCUAAUGACACAAGCUUCAACUGUAUUAAAGCUGGCUCAUAAACGAGGUGUGGAGCUGGAAUACAUUCUAGAGACCUGGAUGCGUCUGGAUGAAGAUUACCAGGAACUUACCAGACAGCUGGAGUCUGUUGAAGGUAGCAUCCCCACUGUUGGUUUGGUGGAGGAGACGGAGGACAGGCUUACAGACCGGAUUACACUUUUUCAGCAUCUGAGAUCUAACCUGACUGAAUACCAACCUAAAUUAUACCAAGUGCUAGAUGAUGGGAAAAGGCUCCUUUUUUCUGUUAGCUGCUCAGAUCUCGAAAGUCAACUGAACCAACUAGGAGAACACUGGUUAAGUAACACCAGCAAGGUUACCAAGGAGCUUCACAGGCUGGAGACAAUACUGAAGCACUGGACAAGGUAUCAGAGUGAAUCAAGUGAACUGACACACUGGUUACAAUCUGCAAAGGAGCGACUUGACUUUUGGAGCCAGCAGUCUUUGACAGUUCCUCAGGAACUGGAAACAGUCCGAGACCACCUGAACUCCUUUUUGGAGUUUUCAAAAGAAGUGGAUGCUAAAUCAUCACAGAAAUCUUCUGUCCUGAGUACUGGGAACCAGCUCCUCAGGCUGAAGAAGGUGGAUACAGCAGCAUUGCGUGCGGGAUUGUCCCACAUCGACAGUCAGUGGACAGAGCUGCUCACACAAAUCCCAGCAGUUCAAGAGAAAUUGCACCAGCUCCAGAUGGACAAAAUUCCUUCUCGCCAUGCUAUCACUGAAGUUAUGAGCUGGAUUUCCCUGAUGGAAAAUGUCAUUCAGCAGGAUGAAGAGAAUAUAAAAAAUGUAGUAGGGCAGAAAGUCAUUCAGGAUUACGUCCAGAAGUACAAGGGUUUCAAGAUAGAUUUAAAUUGCAAACAAUUGACGGUAGACUUUGUGAACCAAUCAGUGCUACAAAUUAGCAGCCAGGAUGUUGAAAGUAAACGUAGCGACAAAACUGAUUUUGCAGAACAGCUCGGAGCAAUGAACAGACGUUGGCAAAUCCUGCAAGGCCUGAUAACAGAAAAGAUCCAGCUGUUGGAAAGUCUGCAGGAAUCGUGGACAGAGUAUGAAAAUAAUGUGCAGUGCCUAAAAACUUGGUUUGAAACCCAAGAGAAGAAGCUGAAACAGCAACAGAAAAUUGGAGACCAGGCUUCAGUACAGAAUGCUUUGAAAGACUGUCAGGAAUUAGAAGAAUCAAUAAGAACAAAGGAAAAAGAAGUAGAAAAUGUAGAACAGAGUGGUCUUUCUUUGAUACAGAACAAGAAGGAAGAAGUCUCUUCUGUUGUUAUGAAUACACUGCAAGAAAUUAACCAUUCCUGGGCCAAUUUGGAUCACAUGGUUAGCCAACUGAAGAUACUGUUGCAAUCUGUUCUCGAUCAGUGGAGCAUUUACAAAGUGGCUUAUGAAGAACUGAAUAGCUACCUGACAGAAGCCAGAUAUUCUUUGUCCCGUUUUUAUCUUCUUACUGGUUCUUUAGAAGCUGUGAAAGUCCAAGUUGAUAACCUUCAGAGCCUACAAGAUGAAUUGGAAAAACAAGAAAAUAGCUUACAGAAAUUUGGUUCUGUGACCAAUCAAUUAUUGAAAGAAUGUCACCCACCAGUGACUGAAACACUUACCAACACUUUGAAAGAAGUGAAUAUGAGGUGGAACAACCUCCUGCAGGAGAUUGCAGAGCGGCUGCGUGCCAGUAAGGGCCUCCUUCAGCUGUGGCAGAGGUACAAGGACUGUUACCAGCAGUGCUCUUCCACAGUCCGUCAGCGGGAAGACCAGACCAAUGAACUCCUGAAGACUGCCACCAGCAAAGACAUUGCUGAUGAUGAAGUUACUACUUGGAUUCAGGACUGCAAUGAUGUACUCACGGAUUUGAAGACAGCAAAGGAGUCGCUAGCUGUUCUUCAAGAACUGGGAGAGGAGCUAAAAGGCCAGGUGGAGGCUGCAGCAGCAGCAGCUAUACAGUCUGAUCAUCUUUCUCUGAACCAGAAUCUGUCAACCCUAGAACAGGCUCUCUGCAAGCAACAGGCUGUACUUCAGGCUGGAGUGCUAGACUAUCAAACCUUUGCCAAGAACCUACAAGUCCUUGAGGCCUGGAUAACAGAAGCAGAAGAAAUAUUGAAAGGACAGGAUCCCAGUCACUCAUCUGAUCUCUCAGCAAUACAGAGUAGAAUGGAGGAACUCAAGAGUCAGAUGUUGAAGUUCAGCAGCAUGGCCCCAGAUUUGGACCGUCUUAAUGAACUGGGUUACAGGCUUCCUCUGAAUGAUAAAGAAAUCAAAAGGAUGCAGAACCUGAACAGACAUUGGUCUCUGAUCUCAUCUCAGACUACAGAGAGAUUCAGUAAGCUGCAGUCUUUCUUGCUGCAGCAGCAGACCUUCUUGGAGAAAUGUGAGACUUGGAUGGAUUUAUUAGUUCAGACUGAGCAGAAGCUGGCGGCAGAGAUUGCAGGAAACUACCAGAGCCUUUUAGAGCAACAGAGGGCACAUGAGCUAUUCCAGGCAGAGAUGUUCAGCCGCCAGCAGAUUUUGCAUUCAAUUAUCUCUGAUGGGCAGCACCUCCUAGAACAAGGACAGGUGGAUGACAGGGAUGAAUUUAAUCUGAAGCUGACUCUUCUAAGUAAUCAAUGGCAAGGAGUAAUUCGCCGGGCACAGCAGAGGAGGGGGAUCAUUGACAGCCAGAUUCACCAGUGGCAACGCUACAGGGAGAUGGCAGAGAAGCUGCGCAAGUGGCUGGUGGAAAUAUCCUGCCAGCCAGUGAGUGAGCUGGGCAAUGUUCCUAUCCCAUUGCAGCAAGCCAGAGCGCUACUGGAUGAAGUGCAGCUUAAAGAGAAAGUUCUCCUAAGGCAGCAAGGGAGUUAUAUCCUCACGGUGGAAGCUGGGAAGCAACUGCUGCUCUCUGCUGACAGUGGAGCUGAGGCAGCCCUGCAGACAGAGCUUACCGAAAUUCAGGAGCGCUGGAGGAUAGCUAGCACCCAACUGGAGCAACAAAAGAAACAGCUUGCUUUACUACUGAAAGACUGGGAAAAAUCUGAAAAGGGCAUAGGAGACUCCCUGGAGAAGCUAAGAUCAUUCAAAAAAAAGCUUUCCCAGCCUUUGCCAGAACACCAUGAUGAGUUGCAUGCAGAGCAGAUUCGUUGCAAGGAGUUAGAGAAUGCUGUUGAAGGAUGGACAGAUGACCUUGCACACCUCUCUCUGCUGAAGGAGACCCUGUCUAUGUAUAUCAGCGCAGAUGAUAUCUCAAUCCUCAGUGAGCGCAUAGAGCUUCUGCACAGACAGUGGGAGGAGCUGUGCCACCAGGUCUCCUUACGUCGACAACAAGUUAGUGAGAGACUGAAUGAGUGGGCUGUCUUCAGUGAGAAGAACAAGGAGCUCUGUGAGUGGCUGACACAAAUGGAAAGUAAGGUUUCUCAAAAUGGCGACAUCCUUAUAGAAGAAAUGAUUGAGAAACUUAAAAAGGAUUAUCAAGAGGAAAUUGCUGUAGCCCAGAAGAACAAAAUCCAGCUACAGCAAAUGGGAGAGCGACUUGCUAAAGCCAGCCACGAGAGUAAGGCAUCAGAGAUUGAGUACAAACUUGGGAAGAUCAAUGACAGGUGGCAACAUCUUCUAGAUCUUAUUGCAGCCAGGGUAAAGAAGUUGAAGGAGACCCUCGUUGCAGUGCAGCAGCUGGAUAAAAACAUGAGUAGCCUGAGAUCUUGGCUUGCCCACAUUGAGUCAGAACUGUCCAAACCUAUCGUCUAUGAAACUUGUGACUCUGAGGAGAUACAAAGGAAGCUAAAUGAACAGCAGGAACUUCAGAGGGACAUAGAGAAACACAGCACUGGAGUGGCAUCUGUUCUCAAUCUGUGUGAAGUGCUUCUUCAUGACUGUGAUGCUUGUGCCACAGAAGCGGAGUGUGACUCUAUCCAGCAGGCUACACGCAAUCUGGACAGAAGAUGGAGGAAUAUUUGUGCAAUGUCAAUGGAAAGGCGACUUAAAAUUGAAGAGACAUGGCGGCUAUGGCAAAAGUUUUUGGAUGACUACUCUAGAUUUGAAGACUGGCUAAAAGCCUCUGAGAGGACAGCUGCUUUACCGAGCUCCUCUGGUGUGCUUUACACGGUUGCUAAGGAAGAACUGAAGAAAUUUGAGGCCUUCCAGAGACAAGUGCAUGAAUGUCUGACUCAGCUGGAACUGAUCAAUAAACAGUAUCGCCGCCUGGCCCGAGAGAACCGCACUGACUCUGACUGCACCCUCAAGCAGAUGGUUCAUGAGGGGAACCAGAGAUGGGACAACUUACAAAAGCGAGUUACCUCCAUCCUGCGCAGGCUAAAACAUUUUAUUGGCCAGCGUGAGGAGUUUGAGACAGCACGUGAUAGCAUCCUGGUAUGGCUAACAGAGAUGGACCUGCAGCUGACCAACAUUGAGCAUUUCUCAGAGUGUGAUGUCCAAGCAAAGAUAAAGCAACUUAAGGCUUUCCAGCAAGAAAUUUCACUGAACAACAACAAAAUUGAGCAGAUAAUUGUGCAGGGUGAGCAACUCAUUGAGAAAAGUGAGCCCAUGGAUGCAGCUCUCAUUGAAGAAGAACUAGAUGAGCUGCGUCGUUACUGCCAAGAGGUCUUUGGACGUGUGGAACGCUAUCACAAGAAACUCAUCCGCCUUCCUCUGACAGAUGACGAACACGACCUCUCUGACAGAGAGGUGGAUCUGGAUGAAUCAGCAGAUCUCUCUGACAUACACUGGCAUGACAAAUCUGCGGACAGCAUUCUCUCCCCGCACCCCUCUUCCAACCUUUCGCUGCCUCUUUCUCAGCCGGUGAGAAGCGAGCGAUCAGGGCGAGAUACCCCUGCGAGCGUGGACUCCAUUCCCCUGGAGUGGGAUCAUGACUACGACCUUAGCAGAGACCUGGAGACAGCUGUUUCACGGGCACUGCACUCUGAGGAAGAAGACGGAGGACAAGAGAAGGACUUCUACCUGAGAGGAGCAGCUGGUAUAGCAGAUGUAGAGAUCCCUGAAACUCUUGAGGCCUAUGUAACACUCACAGAAAACGCACUCAAAAAUAUCUCUGGAGAACCUGGUGCCCUGGAAGCACAUAUCCGACAGCUGGACAAGGCCUUAGACACCAGUCGUUUCCAAAUACAGCAAACAGAAAACAUCAUCCGCAGCAAAACACCUACAGGACCAGAGCUGGAUUCCAGUUACAAAGGAUAUAUGAAGCUACUAGGUGAGUGCAGUGGAAGCAUAGACUCAGUAAAAAGGCUUGGAUAUAAACUGAAGGAGGAAGAAGAAAAAUUAUCUGGACUUAUUAACCUGAACAGUACUGAAACACAAACAGCUGGUGUAAUUGACCGAUGGGAAUUAAUCCAGGCUCAAGCUCUAAGCAAGGAGCUGAGGAUGAAGCAGAACCUUCAGCAAUGGCAACAGUUUAACUCUGACCUUAAUAGUGUUUGGGCUUGGUUGGGAGAAACUGAAGAGGACCUUGAGAAGCUCCACCACCUUGAUCUCAGCACUGACAUACAAACUAUUGAGCUCAGAAUUAAAAAACUGAAAGAGCUGCAGAAAGCAAUUGAUAACCGCAAAGCGAUCAUCUUAUCCAUCAAUCUGUGCAGCUCAGAGUUCACUCAGUCUGACAGCGAAGAGAGCAAGAAGCUUCAAGAGCGCCUGUCUCAGAUGAAUGUGCGCUGGGACCACGUAUGCAGCAUGAUCGAAGAGUGGCGCUGCUCAUUGCAGGAUGCAUUAAUGCAGUGCCAGGAUUUCCAUGAAAUGAGCCAUGGUUUGCUGCUUUGGUUAGAGAAUAUUGACAGAAGAAAAAAUGAGAUUGUGCCCAUCAGUCCAAACCUGGACUCAGAAACGCUGCAGGAUCAUCACAGACUUCUAAUGCAAAUCAGACGUGAACUGCUGGAGUCUCAGUUGAAGGUGGCGUCACUGCAAUAUAUGUCCUGCCAAUUGCUAGUCAAUGCUGAAGGCAAGGACUGUCUUGAAGCCAAAGAAAAGGUGCAUGUCAUUGGAAACAGGCUGAAGCUCCUCUUGAAAGAGGUCACACGUCAUAUUAAAGACCUAGAGAAAAUUCUAGACAUUUCAACUAGUCAACUGGAGUCGUCCUCGUGGUCCUCUGCUGAUGAAUUAGACACAUCGGGCUCAGUGAGUCCUGUAUCUGGAAGAAGCACUCCAAGCCGACAGAGAACGCCACGGGGCAAAUGUAGUCUCUCACAGCCUGGACCCUCUGUCAGCAGUCCACAUAGCAGGUCCACAACAGGUGGCUCAGGUUCCUCCCCUUCUGAGGCUGGGCCGGCAUGGCAGCGCCCAUCCUUCUUCCUCAGAGUCCUCAGAGCUGCUCUUCCACUUCAGCUCCUCUUGCUGCUCCUGAUCGGGCUGGCUUGCCUGGUGCCAAUGACCGAGGAGGACUACAGCUGUACCAUGGCCAACAACUUUGCCCGCUCUUUCCACCCCAUGCUAAAAUACAUGAAUGGUCCGCCUCCAUUAUGAAGGAGACCCAUGAGACAGCGGGUGAUCUUGCUGGAGUGCUAGCUGGGAGGCAGGAUGGUUUUAAAGGGUGACAGGAUUCAGUGUGGCAGCUUUACCUACCUGCUGUAGCCACCGCUGUGUCCAUAUCAUUCUCUGCUGGCACUCAGCUAGUAACGCAUCAGUAUAUCAGUAUCAAACUGCACAACGUAUUACCUGAGUAGCAUUGUUUCAAUACUCGCAUCCUGGGUACUAAGGAGGAUGUGAUGUGUGUGAGGGAAAUGUCCUUCUGUCCAGCAUUCUGGAUCUUUUGGCCACUUUAUAUCCAGGUCAUUGCCCUGUACUAUGCAUAGCCAAGGACUUGAUACUGUAGGUCCUUUUCUGUGUGCUGCUCUAAAUGGGCCAUUAGCCAGUCUUUGUUAAAUACCCUCUCAGUAUCUACGGUAUACAAAAUAACCAAUGCUAAAGAAAUUUUAGAGCAUUUGUAACAUACAAUUUUAAAGGAUCUUGUAUGGCAAUGUAUUAUUCCCCGUGGUUUCUGUUUUGGGCAUGGUGUUCUAACUUUUGCUUUGGAUGCACAAGGUGUAAAUCUGAGAAGCACUUUUUUAAGGUUUAAAAAAAUGGAUGUAAUAAAUAAGAUCGUAAAAGGUUUUAUGAGGAAAAAUGUUGAAUGUCAAGUUGAAAAACAAAGAACAUAUUUAUGUAUGUACAGUUUGCUAAGCCAAGUUUUGUUUGUAUUGAUUUCUUUGCAUUUGUUAUAGAUACCAUAAAAUAUUUUGUCUACGUGCUUUUUAAUGACAACUAUGGAAACCUCUAAGUUUAGAAUGAGAUAAGUAUGGUACAAAAAAAUUAGAAGACGUACAUAUGCUGCACUUCUAAAAAGAAUUAAAAAAUGCUGUAACAAAUUAACGGUAUUAGGUGUAUGUUUGAAUGGGAAUAUCUGGAAAACUUGACAAAUGGUAAAAUAUAUGGGAAAGUAUCACGUUAAAAGUUGUGCUAAUAUUGAAAGCUGUCUGUAUUUUGAAUUAAUGAUUGGUUAUUUCAGGUUUUUUUUCUCAAGAUGCUUCUUGAAGUUC